AUGAAUAUGCCAUUUCUGGAGUUCCACUCGGCUGGCUCGAUCACCCACUCGCUUUGCUUCAUAUCUGCGGUUUUCUUGAAGCAGCAUCUUACAGGUCUUGUAUUCGACUCAGGCUUUAGUGGAGAAGAGACGGCUGUAGCAAACACAAUGGUUGAUGAUACUGCAACAGAGGAGAAGAUGACGAUCAUGGAACACGAAGAUGUAUUGCUUGUUGCCGUUGGGCUCUUUUGUAUGCGUAAAUUGUGA